UGACGGGUUUGUGGGCCAAAACCUCAAAACUCCAUUGGCUUCGAUGGCGACUGGGGGCGACGCGGCUGCGUUGACCGCCUCCAGCAUCAACCAGGAGCAACUUCUACAUGAGCUGGAGAGCAAAUAUCUGAGUCUCAAGAGCAACUUCUCGCUGGCGGAAAGCGAGCGUCAGGCUCUUGCAGCGGACAAGAAGGCAGCACUGGAGGAGGCCGAGCGUGCAACCAAGCUCGUAGUCGAGCGUGAGGAGGAGACGCGUCAACUGAAGCAGCAGGUGCUACAGCUAACGACAGAGAAAGAUGCACUCAGCUUUAAGCUGCAGACAGCCACGUCGCUAGCCGAACGCCGCCUCACGGAGGUGGAGGAGCUGCAGACUACAGUUAGAGAGCACAACCGUCUGCUCGUAGACGCCCAGCGUCAGGAGAUGCAGGCACUCGAGCGUGCAGCCAAGCAGGAGGCUCAAGUAGCUCCUCUAACCCACGCUCUAGCCAGAGCCAAGAAGGAGACAGAGGCAGCCCAGCAACACUCGCAAUGGCUCGAGACGCAGCUCAGCGAGAAGACCAAGACGGUACAAGAGCUGCGUCUGGAUCUAGCCAAGCACACGCACGACCUGGAGGAGCUCAAGAUCCGCAGCACGGAGGAGCUCACGUCGGCCAAGCGCCAGCUUGAGAGCGCGCGACUAGCCAAUAAGAAGAUGGAAAGUGCUUUGAUCAAGAGCAAGGAAGCACUGAAGGAGCUGCAGGCUUCCAAGGUGCACGACGAGGAGGCGCUUCAGAACGAGCUGAGUGCGCAGCGCCGUCUUGCCACUUUGUACCAGGAAUCGGCCGCUGACGCCUCUGCGCGCGUGAUGGAACUGCAGACGCUGUGUGACUCACUACGUAAGUCUCUUACGGACUCGGAACAGGCCCUGGCUCGUGAGACGGAGCGCACGAAGGAACAAGUGGAGCAUUUGUUCCGUGAGCAGGCUGAGACUUCGGAGGCACGCAUCCAGGCCUUGCAGGACGAUCUGCAGACUGCUGAGCAGAAGAUUCAAGAGCUGGAGAAGAAGAAAAUCUUUUCUCUCCAGACAGCCAGUGCUGUGGCCGAGUUGUCCUCCGCAGCAGGUGAAGCUCACUUGGCAGCCCAUGGUCUGACCCCCAAGCAGAUGUACGACCACAUCGUGGAGCUGGAGGAAACGCUGCAGGCAGAGCGCAGUGAGAAGGACAAGCUGCAGCUGUACAUGGACCGCAUUGUGAAGGAAGUGCAGGAGAAGGCGCCAGUUCUCAUGGGUCUACGUCUGGAUCACGAACGUACUGUGGCCAGUCACACUCAACUGAGCGAGCGAUUGGAGCACUGUAUGCAGGAGUUGGCAAAGAGCAAAAGCCACGAACAACAGGCCUGGAAUGAGAAGACUGCGUUUGAGAAGAAGUGCGAGUCGCUGGCUCAGACCGUGGAUGAUCUAUCACGACAGGUGCAGCACCUUCUUUUCCGCUCUCAAGAUCAGCACCAGCAGGUGGGCAACUUUGGAGCAGGUGACGUUGGAUCGGAGAACCUGGUGGUCUUCAAGGACGUGGAGGAGCUGCAGGUGCGCAACCAGCAGUUGCUGGCUGUGAUUCGCGAGCUCACGGAGAUGAACAAGACUAAGACCGGCGACAAGUUGAGUGAUGCUGUGAGUGAAGCUGAGUCUACGUCCUCGUCGGCGCAUCUGAUUAUCACUGGCGACUCAGACGAAGAACUGGACCAAAUCGGAGCUUCCAAUGUGAUCAAGAAGCGCUUGUCCAUGGCUUGUAAGGAGAUCCAAGAACUGCGUACUGAACGUGAACAGGAACGCGAGAUGAUCACAGCUAUCGUGAAGCAGCGCGACAUGUACCGCGUGUUGUUGGCUCAGUCGGACACGAAGUUCCUGGAUGGCAACGCUCCAAUUGGAGGUCAAGAGAGUGCUACACCGGUGGAGAGACCUCACAACCGUCGCGGAUCUCUUGAUAUCAUCGAGAGCAGGAAGCUUCGUGAGGUUCAGAUGGAGUUUGAGGACUACAAGAAGGAGAAGCAGGUCAACCUCAAGAUGCUGCAGGAAGCUCUGGACCAAGAGCGCGCCAAGAGCUCCGAGUCCAGACUAGCACAGAUGCAGGCUCAGGUGGAAGCCACAUGCAAUAAGGAGCGCUAUGAAGCCUCAGAGGAACGUUGCGCCAACGCCGAGAAGGAGCUAAUACGUUUACGAUCCAAGGCAGACCAGUUAAGUUCACUGAUCUUGCAGCAUCAACAGAUGUUGGCGAAUACCGAAGCCAAGCUGGAGACUGCGAACUCGCGUCUGCAGAGCCUCAGCGUGGAGAAAGACUCGGCUGUUCGUGAGGCUGAGUUCUUGCGCAAGAACGAGGAGAAGCUUCAGCAGGAGAUGACGACGUUGCGUCUGGACAACACGAACUUGCUCAAGCUUAUGGAGUCAACGCGUCGCAUGGAAACUGGCCGCGAGGAACGUGACCGUCGUGAGGUGGAAACGUUGACAAAGAAGGUGGCGACGCUGGAGACGAAGCUGCAGGACGCAUACGAGAAGUUUGACGCCAAGGAGGUCACUUCAGGUGCACAGGUUUUGGCUGCGGAGAGGGGAAAGCAGGCAGCAUUGGCAGAACUGGCCAAGCUGAAGGAGGUGCACGGUCAAUUGAAGGAGCAGCUUGCGCGACUUGAAGAGCAGAAGACGGCGCUGGAGAGCAAGUCGGUGCUGCUGGAGAAGGAGACGACGCAUCUACGCGAGCAGCUCCGCAAGGGAGCGAGUGCUGCAGCUGCUGAGCGUGUAGCAGCGCUGGAAGUUCAGCUGCGUGACGCUCAACUUGAAGUGCAGGCGUCGCUUGUAUCGAGGAAGACUUUGACCGAAAGUGUGACGAAGUACAAGGCUCUGGCUGAGGCGAGUGAGAAGAGUCUGGCCGAGUUAUCCAGCGCCAGUGAGAAGUGGAAGCAGAGCGAGGCUGAGAAGGUGCAGACACUCGAGAAGGCUCGCGACCGCUUGCGUGACGAGCUGGCGAAGGCCAGAGCGGAGCUGAAGGAGCAUAUCGCCGAGAACAGCAGUUUGCGGGAAGAGAUCGACCGAGCAGAGCAAGCGCACAAGAAGGCCCUUCUCGAAACUACGGAGAAGCAGAAGAUGCUGCAAGUUCAAGCUGAUAGUGCCGUUCAGCAAAUGAACAGUGUGCGUGAAGAGAUGGGCAAGAUGAAGCGAGAGCUGGAGACCACCCAGGAGAACUAUGAACGCGAGUUGCAGCUCCACGCAGCGGAGGUGGCCAAGUCAUCGUCAUCUCGUCGGGAAAUGGAGGAAACCCGCAAGACUGUACGUGAACGGAAGGCCGAGAUUGAAGCGUUGAAUGCCAAGGUGCAGUCGGUUGAGAAGGAGGCGCAGCUUCAACUGGAGACGUUGCAGAAGCGCCUUGACGAAGCAGUAGAGACCAAGAAGGCUGUCACGGAGCAGAACAAGUUGCUACACUCCCAGCUAGAGCGCGCAGCUGCCCAGGUGCGUCGUGCUCAUGAACAAGAGAUGCUGAAGGUGGCAGGCACCCAGUCUUCGAGCCAGGAGGCUGGCGAGGGUGCUGCUUCUAACGCACAUGAGAAGGAAAUCGACGACCUCAGGAGUGUGGUCGCCUACUUACGACGGGAGAGUGAGAUUGCUGAGUCGAAGCUCGAGUUGUCCCAGCAAGAAGUGCAGCGUGGUCGCGCCCAGAUCUUCAGCUUGGAGUCCACAAUCGAACGUCUUCGUGGUGAGAUGAAGGCGCUCUCUGAUGCAGCAACUGCAACUGGUAAGCAGACGACUACGAUUUCAGCUGAUGACGAGAAGCGCGUUGCACAGUUGGAACAGUUGAGUCUAUUGCGUGAGAGCAACGCGACGCUGCGUGACGAGAACCAGAAGAGCUUGGCGAAGCUCAAGGAAGAGGAGGCGAAGGUGCGCAGUCUUGAGGCCAAGAUUGUGCCUUUACAGAACGCUGAGGCAACUCUCAAGACGCAAGUUGCGUCGUUGAAGCAGGAGGUCGAGACGCUGAAUGAUGCCAACAAACGCUGGAAGCAACGUGUGGAUCAAUUGGUGGAGAAGUAUCAACAGGUUGACCCGGCUGAACAUGACAAGGUCGUCGCUGAGAAGGAGGCACUGACGAAGGAGCUCACAGAGUUGAAGGCUGAGCAGAGUGCGCUGAAGGCUGAGCUGGAGACGCUGCGUUCAAGUGGUGGCAAGGAGCUGGAAGAGGAAAAGAAGAAGGUUGAGAACUGGAGCAAGCAGUACGAACGUAUCAAGGGCUUUGCGAAGAACUGGAAGAACAAGGCGGAGGCUCUGACCAAGCAACUUGCAGAGAAGAACAAGGAAGCCGAAGACCGCAGCGCCAGUAUCACCACGCUGGAGGCCAAGCUAAGUGCAGUUCAGGCUCAGAUCAGUACUGUGACGGCUGAAAAGUCUGCGCUGGAGACGAAGUUGGCGGCCUGUGAAGCAGCGAAGCAGGACAACGCCGCAGCGGCGAGUGGUGCGAAUGCGUCGUGGGAGAAGGAGCGCCAGACAUUGAAGGCUCAGUUGGAGCUGGAGACGAAGAAGAGCACGCAGUUGAAGGACUUUAACGCGCGUCUGAUGUCUGGUUUGAAGAGCUUGAAGAAGGAAAACAGCGAGCUAAAGGACCACGCAGCUAGUGCCACUCAACCGUCUCAGUCUGUAGUGGAGAAGACUCCUGUGUCUUCCCCACCUGCGUCGCCUCCGCAGGCGCCUCCUUCGACGUCAGCUACACCCCCGACAAAGCCAGCCACAGCUCCAGUACCGCUGUUUUCGUCACCAAAGCCAGUUGUCAACAAUGAGUCGACGCUACAGGGGAGCGCCACCGCGUCGGAAGCGAAGCCUGCAAUUGUUGCCGUUCCAGCGGUUCCUGCUGUCUCGACUGAACCCAUUUCAUCAACAACGGCGACAACGGUGACUACAACUACAAUGACGGCCACUACGACUGCAGCUACUGCUCCCUCUGCGGUGGAAUUCACCCCGAAACCUGCUCUGCCCGCUCCAGUUCAAGCGACUUCGGCUGCUGUAUCUACAUCUACGACCCCUGCGCCUGCAGCUCCGGCUGCUACGCCUCCAAAGGAGUCAACAGAGAGCUCUACGGACGAUUCUGCUAGCAUGACGGCCGAGGAGAAACUGCGUCAAUUCGCGUUGCGGUCUAUGAAGAAACAGGUCGGUGGUGUUGCUCGUUUCACCCCCACGAAGGCGCCUGCUCCUCCUGCUAAUGCGGUCGAAGCCAAGCCUGCUGAGACCGAAUCCAAGACGUCGUCAGACACUACCGGACAGUUCAAGUUCGGCUCUGGAACAGGCUUCGGUGCGUUCGGAUCGGGAGGCCCGAGCGGCCUCGUGUUUGGUAAGCCAGGCAUCUCGCUGCCUGUGCCAUCGCCGCCGUCCCCAGCUGCUUCGCAUCCGCCGCAUCUGUCGCUUGCAGGUGAUAGCGCACCCCCUGAGGCCUUGCGUCGUAGCCAGCGCCUCGCGCGCUUUGCGGCUGGCGGAGACGCCACUACUAGCACUCCUACCUCUGUAGUUGCUGGUGCGAGUGCUCUGACCAAGAGACCACUGAGUGGUGCAGUGGAGAGUGCUUCGUCUGUGCAGAAGGUUGCCAAGACGAGUGAAGAUCAGACGACCAAAACCACGACGGUGACCACGACGACCACGACAGAGUCGGAGGGGAAGCAGGAAGAAGAUACGCCUCCCACGCAAGCAGAUACGACGGAAUCGCAGACACCAUCAACGCAGUAGGUCUAAACCUCACGGAGGGACUGUACCUUGCUUUGUUAAACAUGAAUACAAUUCACCGUUUGCUUUGGAA